AAAUAAUUGCUUUAAAAUAUUGGUACUAUUAAUAUAAUUCAUAAGUAUCAACUAAAAAAAACUCAACUGAAAAAGUACUUAAUCCGAUAAUAUAUCGUAAUGGCACGAUAGUAAAUGUAAAUAAACAUAUGAAGAAUGUUGCAGAAGUGUGGAGCCGUUGGGAAAAGUGAGAGACAGUCCAUUUGAUAAAGAAAUAAAGUGAAUCUUAAUUAAUAUUUGUCUUUGUGAGAAUAGAAGUUAAUUAUUUUAGAUAUCUUGUAAUUAUUUUUGAACUGAAUAAUCUGUUCUUGAGUAAUUUAUUGAAAAGAGAUUUUAAGAUGGGAAUUGAAGGAGUAAAAAACAUCAUUCUUGUACUAUCUGGCAAGGGAGGUGUAGGUAAAUCGUCAGUAGCUGCUCACCUUGCAUUAACUCUGAGAGAUUUAAAUUUCAAAGUAGGGUUACUUGAUGUUGAUUUAUGUGGCCCAAGUAUUCCAUACAUGUUAAAUAUGGAAGGUAAAGAGAUUCAUCAAUGCUCUGAAGGGUGGAUGCCAGUUUUUAGUGACAGUAAUCAAAAUUUUGCAGUUAUGUCAAUAGGAUUUUUGCUUAGUGAUAGAAAUGAUGCUGUAAUAUGGAGAGGUCCAAAGAAAAAUGCUAUGAUAAAACAAUUCUUGACAGAUGUCAAUUGGCAGUCUCUAGAUUAUUUGAUUGUAGAUAUGCCUCCUGGUACAACUGAUGAGCAUAUAACACUUGCUGAAAAUAUUAAAAAUCAAACUAGUAUUGGUGCUGUUCUAGUCACAACUCCUCAGCUUGUGGCAGUUGGUGAUGUAUUACGAGAAAUUACUUUCUGCAAAAAAGCCUCUUUACCUGUUAUAGGAAUUAUAGAGAAUAUGAGUGGUUAUGUUUGUCCAAACUGUAAGGAAUGUUCAGCAGUGUUUUCCCAAGGAGGUGGAGAAAUGCUAGCAAAAAAUACUAAUUUACCUUUUUUAGGGACAAUUCCUAUAGAUCCACUUUUUGCUGCUAGUAUACAAAAACGGUGCCUGAAUGAAGAAAUUGGAGAAGUUGAAAGUCUGAAAAAAUUUCAUUCCAUAGCAGAAAAAAUUGUAAUUCAAAUGAAAAUAAAUUAAAAAUUCUUUAUUCAUACUUA